AUGGAGAGCUGUGGGCAAAAUUAUAUGAGAAAUUUGAAGGAAGAAAGAUCAUUUCCACUUAGAAGGUCAGAAGGGAUUCAUGCAGGAGGCAGCAUGCAAGCUGAUUUGAAGGAAGAGAGAGAUUUGAACAGCUGCAUUUUUGCGGCAGUCCAUUUUGGACUUGGAAAAUGUAUGAAGCAAACACAAGGAGUGGGAAAUAAAAUAUAUUUGGAUGAUUCUGAGGAGGGGUGUGAAGGGACUGAGCUGCCAGAUAUAACUCUAUCCAUAGCACGAAGCAUACAGCCUCAAAAGGUCUUCAUGGGUGAAAAUUUGGUUUUCCCCACUAGUAUUUAUGUGAUUAAUGCUGGUUCUGUUCUGAUUUGCUUUUCAUUUUCCACAGGAAGUGACAAUGGUGAUACCCUGCCUGAGUCCAUCCCAUCAGCGCCUGGAACACUGCCUCAUUUCAUGCAGGAGCCUGAUGAUGCAUAUAUCAUAAAGAGCAACCCAAUUGCCUUGAGGUGCAAAGCCAUGCCUGCAAUGCAGAUUUUCUUCAAAUGCAAUGGGGAGUGGGUCCAUCAAAAUGAGCAUGUAUCUGAAGAAAGCAUGGAUGAGAGUACAGGUCUGAAGGUUCGAGAAGUGUUCAUCAAUGUCACCAGGCAGCAAGUGGAGGAUUUUCAUGGACCUGAAGACUAUUGGUGCCAGUGUGUUGCAUGGAGUCAUCUAGGUACUUCUAAGAGCCGGAAGGCAUCAGUUCGUAUAGCCUAUUUACGGAAAAACUUUGAGCAAGACCCCCAGGGAAGGGAGGUGCCUAUUGAAGGGAUGAUUGUCCUACACUGUCGUCCCCCAGAGGGUGUCCCUGCUGCAGAGGUGGAGUGGCUAAAGAAUGAAGAACCUAUUGAUUCCCAACUGGAUGAGAACAUUGACACCAGGGCUGAUCACAAUUUAAUUAUCAGGCAGGCUCGCCUCUCUGAUUCUGGGAAUUAUACCUGCAUGGCUGCCAACAUUGUUGCCAAAAGAAGAAGCUUGUCAGCUACUGUCAUUGUUUAUGUGAAUGGAGGCUGGUCUUCCUGGACAGAGUGGUCAGCCUGCAAUGUUCGCUGUGGUAGAGGAUGGCAGAAACGUUCUCGGACCUGCACCAAUCCCGCUCCACUCAAUGGGGGUGCCUUUUGUGAGGGAAUGUCAGUGCAAAAAAUCACCUGCACUUCUCUUUGUCCUGUUGAUGGAAGCUGGGAGGUAUGGAGCGAAUGGUCAGUGUGUAGUCCUGAGUGUGAGCACCUGAGAAUACGGGAAUGUACUGCACCACCUCCAAGAAAUGGAGGUAAAUUCUGUGAAGGUCUGAGCCAAGAAUCAGAGAAUUGCACAGAUGGGCUCUGCAUUCAAGAUAAAAAACCUCUUCAUGAAAUAAAACCCCAAAGCAUCGAGAAUGCCAGUGACAUCGCUCUCUACUCAGGAUUGGGAGCAGCAGUCAUCGCUGUGGCAGUUCUGGUUGUUGGAGUGACUCUCUACAGACGGAGCCAGAGUGACUACGGCGUGGACGUCAUUGACUCCUCUGCACUGACAGGUGGCUUCCAGACCUUCAACUUCAAAACAGUCCGUCAAGGCAACUCGCUCCUAUUGAAUUCCUCCAUGCAACCUGACCUGACAGUGAGCCGUACCUACAGUGGGCCCAUCUGCCUACAGGACCCGUUGGACAAGGAACUCAUGACAGAAUCUUCACUCUUUAACCCAUUGUCGGAUAUCAAGGUCAAAGUCCAGAGCUCAUUCAUGGUUUCCCUGGGAGUAUCAGAACGAGCAGAGUACCAUAGCAAGACCCACUCUGGGACAUUUCCCCAUGGGAAUACCAGAGGUUUUAAUACAAUACAUCCCAGGAAUAAAACCCCCUACAUCCAGAAUCUCUCAUCACUCCCCACUCGAACCGAGCUGAGGACCACUGGUGUUUUUGGCCAUCUGGGAGGGCGCUUAGUGAUGCCAAAUACAGGGGUGAGCUUACUCAUACCACAUGGAGCUAUCCCUGAAGAGAAUUCUUGGGAGAUUUACAUGUCCAUCAAUCAAGGUGAAGCCAGCCUCCAACCAGAUGGAUCAGAAGUUCUCCUAAGUCCUGAAGUCACCUGUGGUCCUUCAGACAUGGUAGUCACCACUCCAUUUGCCUUGACCAUACCCCACUGUGCUGAUGUCAGUUCGGAGCACUGGAAUAUUCAUUUGAAGAAGAGGACCCAGCAGGGCAAGUGGGAGGAGGUGAUGUCAGUGGAGGAUGAAUCAACUUCCUGUUAUUGCCUCUUGGACCCGUUUGCAUGUCAUGUCCUCCUGGACAGCUUUGGGACAUAUGCACUGGCCGGAGAACCCAUCACCGAUUGUGCUGUGAAGCAACUCAAGGUGGCUGUCUUUGGCUGCAUGUCGUGUAACUCCCUGGAUUACAACCUGAGAGUCUAUUGUGUGGAUAACACCCCUUGUGCAUUUCAGGAAGUGGUUUCAGAUGAAAGGCAUCAAGGGGGCCAGCUACUGGAAGAACCAAAGUUGCUGCAUUUCAAAGGAAAUACAUUUAGUCUUCAGAUCUCUGUCCUCGAUAUCCCCCCUUUCCUUUGGAGAAUUAAACCAUUUACUGCAUGCCAGGAAGUCCCAUUUUCUCGGGUGUGGUGCAGUAACCGACAACCCCUGCACUGUGCCUUCUCCCUGGAGCGCUACACUCCCACCACCACCCAGCUGUCAUGCAAGAUAUGCAUCCGGCAGCUCAAAGGCCAUGAACAAAUCCUCCAAGUGCAGACAUCUAUCCUAGAGAGUGAAAGAGAAACCAUCACUUUUUUUGCACAAGAGGACAACACGUUCCCUGCACAGACUGGCCCCAAAGCCUUCAAAAUCCCCUACUCCAUCAGACAGAGGAUAUGUGCAACAUUUGAUACUCCCAGUGCCAAAGGCAAAGACUGGCAGAUGUUAGCACAGAAAAACAGCAUUAACAGGAAUUUAUCCUACUUUGCUACCCAAAGUAGCCCAUCUGCUGUCAUUUUGAACCUGUGGGAAGCUCGUCAUCAACAUGAUGGUGACCUUGACUCCUUGGCCUGUGCUCUUGAAGAGAUUGGGAGGACACACACAAAACUGUCAAACAUUCCAGAAACUCAGCUUGAAGAGCCCGACUUUGGUUACAGCAGACAAAAUGGACUUUAGUCCAUCUCCUCUCAUGGACAGACCGAUGGCCAGCUUUGUGACUUUUUUAAUUAGAUGGGGAGGAAAGAGGUGGCUUUUAGCCCAAUGGUAUUUGGAAAAACUCAACAUUUAUAAUCAAAGAGGGACAUCACUUAAAGAAAUUGAAGGCUGCCUUGGUAAACCAGUUAAUGUUGGGAAGGUCCAGCUUGCUUCCAAAAAGCCCCACUUUCCCAUCUAAAUUAAUACUGUCUUAAGUCUACCAAUUCUGCAGAGUUGAAGUGGGUAAACACACACACACACACACACACACACACAGAAUUGCCUUUAAACAGGCUCAUAUUUUUUUUGAAUUGUUAAUGUAUGAAAACAUAUCAGGUGCCAACAAAGCAGAGAUUGAAUAAGUGUAUGGUUUGGAAAAAGUUCAUACAGUAAUGAUGUUCCCCAAGGGCCAAAUUAUUCUGAUAUCAAUGUCAGAUUGUUGGUUGUUUUUUUUUUUUUUUAACAAGUUGAUAUUUGCAAUGUGGGAAAUGAGUAUAAAAUUAACCUUUAUAAAUAACAAUAUUGCCAGUCCAUUUUUGUGCUUUCAACCAUAUCACAAGCAGGAAAUGAGCAUUUAGAAGUGAGAAUCUAAGUAAGUCACACCAGCACCACCUCCUAGCCUAGCCCACAUCCCCUAACUCAGAAAGGGCUGCCAGGAGGAAUGCAUGGGAUGAUUAAUUGGUUAACCAUAUUUUAAAGUUGCUUCCUUCCAAAAGCCAAGAUUCAUCUCGCUCUCUCCUGCCAUGCCCCUCUCUGCAGAAUAGUAAGGGACUCUUUCCAGGUGCAUCAAUGAUCACAAUUAAUCAUCACUGCACGGUAUAAUAGCCAUUGCUCACAAUCUAUAGAGCAAGGCCCUCAACCCCACCACCUCUACUCAUAUCUGAUCCACACAAUUGCAGUAGAAUCAAAUCCAUUAUAACACAGCUAGAUACUGGAUUUGGAUGCAUCACAGGUCAGUUUUUUUCCUCCCAGGAAACAUUUCCCCAUAAGGUGUAGAUCUCAAAGAACUUGUUAAGUUUUAAAGAUGGUGGGUGUUAUCUGGUCCCCUAAUACUACUGUAAGAAAACUAACUUUCACUAUGUUUUUUUGAUGAAUCUUACUGAAAUGUUUCUUGUGUUUUUUUCAUUGAGAAUCCUCCAGUAAAACCCUACUUUCUUUCCAGGAAAUUAUUAUUAUUGUUUAGGAAUUGCCAGGAUUAUUCACUUUGGAUAGUACCUGGUAUAUAUUCCACAUAAGUAAAUAAGUAUUUAUUAAGUGCCUAUUGAAUAGUAGGCACUGUGAAUACAAAGGUAAAAAUGAAAUAGCCCCUGACCUCAAAAGGACCAUUUUAUAAUACAAGCUAUAACAAUGCCUUCCAUUCUCCCAAGUUAAUUCUUUCUAACAACACCAUUAUGGUAUGGUGAAUUUUCAGUCAUAAGGGGGAAAUAGUGGAAAAAAUUGAAAUCCACAAGAAAUUCAAGAACUUUAUUUUGAUCUCCUUCCCCAAUAAAUCUUUUUGACCAAAGCUUCAUACAAAUAGUCAAAUGGAUUCUAUUUAGAUUGACCUCUACUCCAUAGCUAUCCUUAUGAGGAAAUACUACCUGAAAGAGUAAUGUUCAUAGAUAUGACAGCAGAAGAGAGGAGCAGGUAGAGGAGGAAGGGACCUGAAAAUGCCAUAGAUUGGAUAAGCAAACCCUCACUCUCCUGAAGGACUUGGUUAUACCAGCAACAGGUGGAAAGGGGAAAUUUAUUAUAUCCAAAGAGAUGAAAAUAGCUAACUAUAUAAAUGAGUUAGUUUAUCCAAAGAACAUAGUCCCUGAACAAUUAUUAAAAUGCAUAAUCAUCUUUUUUAGAGCCCUUUAAAAAUUCCAAAAAUAGUACCACAAGGGAAAUGGUCUAAAGGCUUGGAAUUUAUGAUGCCAUAUUUAACACAGUCUGGUGCAUAUUGACUCCUGCAUUGGCUUUGCUACAUGAAAUUCAGCAGCAUAAGGCUUUUCUCAGGAACUGAAUGGAUUAUUGUACAGAACAGACAAAUCCACUUAGAACUGUCACACUUAUUGUCUGAAAUACUGUCUCUAGAUCAGGAGAAUGCCCUUUCUUAAUAGUCUGUUCAACAUGUUUAUCCCUUAUAGGGAAUAAUGGAGAGAAUCCACGGGAGUAUAAGUCAUUUGACAUCUCUGAUAUAGUUUCUUGAAAAAGUAGCAUUUGGGAGAGUCAAUCAUUAAAGCAAAUACAGAACUGACUUGGAAGGAAGAAUUAAGGGAGAAUUUGCAGAUCGGCUGUUUUGGGAUCCUUAGAGAAAAUAGAUACUACCGCUAUUUUUUCAAUCUUUUUUUCUGCCCUGAAAUAGGAUAUUCAAGAUUUUUCUCUUCUCUCCUGAAUGGCCUUCUAAGCAUUUCAUCCAUUUACAUGAAUUAAGACAGACCUUAAAUCAAUCUCAGCAAUUUUAGAGAACUUUUAGAUUUGACAACAGACCCCAAAUUUAAAUAUUUUAAACAUUUAAAGGUAAAUGAGACCAUUUUUACCCUCUGAAUGGUAACUCAAUGGCCUUUUUUUUUUUUUCACUAGGGGCAUAAACUCAGACUCAUCUGAUAAAAAGAUAGACUAUUCCUUAAAGUCACCAAGUCCAACUCUCAUUUUAUAGAUAAGAGAACUGAGGCUGAGAGAAUGAAUUAAGAUACACUUGACUAUUUGAGGCAAUGACAAAGGAAAUAAAAUUUUGUUUCAAUAUUAGUCAAAUGUUCAAAUUAAUUCUUUGAUUUAUUCUUUCUCCUUUCCCCUCUACACAUAUUAAUUUCCCUUCUUCUGAUAUCAGGUACAAAAAAGGAUAAAAAUGAAUUCUUGCUAUGUUUAGAGUCAUUUAACAACUUAGCAAAUGGAUUUCCAAUAAGAGAAUAUGCAGCAUUUACAGAGCAAUGAACUUUAGGAGCAGAUCAUCUUUUAAACUUCUAAACCUUAGAUUACCAUUUGAACCUUGAACUUAACCCAACCUACUUAACCCAGUCUAAACUCUUACAUUCUCUUUGAUGUUUGGCUGUCACUGCUUUGAGACUUGCCAAGCAAAUGUUCCUCUUGAAAGAAAUUUCAUUUGUUAUCCUAAGGUCUUACUUUAAUAAACUGUCUUGCUCAUCCUUUAUAGGGAGAGUAUGCAUAGGAGAGAGAGAGAGAGAGAGAGAGAGAGAGAGAGAGAGAGAGAGAGAGAGAAAUAUAUAAAGAGAAAGAACCUUUAGUUUUUGAUGGUCUAUUUAGAAAAUGUCAUAAUGUGUCCUACCCUACCCCCUGCCAUUUUGGGACCUAUGAGUAAUUUAAGACUAAUAGCUGUACUUUCAAAAUGACUUACAAUUAUGUCACUAAAAUGGUAUACUUCAUAGCUUUGCCAGACUGCAGCAUCAUAAAAUUAAUUUAUGGUUUUUAUAACAUUGCUUGUGCAGUCUGACUAGUUUACAUUAAAAUCCUUUAAGCUGAAAGGAAGCUUGCUCUGUAGAUUUAAAUGCAAACUUCAUUUACCGGUGCACGAAGUCCCAUAAAACUAGGAUGUACUCCCACAAAAAUUUUAUUGGCCUUUUUGUAAGAGAUGAAAAAGAAUUGACACUAUUCUCUUUAAAGAGGGAAGAACUUUUUAUUAUUAUUAUUUUUAUCUCCAAAAGCAGCUGUUAUCCUUUGCUGUGGCCUACACGUUUUUCUUUCAGGAAAUUCUGAGAGAGACUAUUAAAUUUAAAUCACUAAAACAGGGGUUUUUUUUGGAUUAAAAUCUCUGGACUUGAAGACUUGAAGAGCUUGUCUCUCUGAAAGAUAUUAUCUUAAAAAAAAAAAAGUAGAAAGGCAUGGCAUAUUCAUUCCCUUUCAGAAAGCUUUCUCCAGAUGCCAAACUUCUAGCAAAGGUAUCUGUGAAGUUAGAAAAUGUUGUGAAAUAUAUCAGUGCAAUGUUCUUUUUUUCCCCUUUUAGUCAUUUCUUUUUUUCUGUCUAUUACUAGUGGGUCAAGCUGCCCUCUGUAAAUGUCUUGAAUAAUAUGGUUGACAGAAGCAGUAAAGGAAAAGUUCUCCCAGAGGCUUUUGUUCCAGCUAUAGCAAGUUCAAAAGAACUGCAGAUGAGCUAGAAAUGUGCCUCUUUGGCCUAUUGUAUGGCUUACUUUCCUUAUUUUUUUUUCUUCAUGUAACAUUGCAAGAUUCUGUCUUUUUAGUAGCUCCCAUUGUUUUUAUUAGAAAUAACAGCAGCAUAGAAAUGGGAGAGCAAAAUGUCGUCCUAACAAUAGUGGCAUUAAAAAAAAAAAAAGUAGCCCUUGGUGUUAGUUGCCAUAGCGCUGUAUUUGAAAAUCAAUGCUUUAGCUAAAUGCUGAAUGGGCACAAUUUCCACUGUUUUGUCCCUAUAGAAGUUUCCAAAACAAGCAAAAGUGUGUUUUGUCAACUGUCACAAAAGUGAAAAUGUUAACUGAUCUUAGGUGUGUUUGCAUUUUUUUUGUGUUUUUAAUUUUCAAAUAAUUUAAAAAGCUGCAGUUUACCAAGCUGUUUGGGUGUAUUCAACAGCAUGUGGUGUUUUUUGCAAGCAAUUCUAGGCUGGCAAGGGUUCACCACAUAAUCAUGUGGUCCUCUUACAAUCCCCACACUAGAGCCACCUAUCCCAACAGGAUGGCCCUGGGAAGAGAAGUAUUAUUUUUUCUUUUAAAGAAAGGAAAGGGGAUUCAAGACCAACCCUAGCCAAUUAGUCACUAGUGUGUAGUGUUGUAAUCUGAAGUAGGAAGUUUAAUGCACAUAGAAUAAUUGUAGUUUCUUAAGCAGCUUAGCCUUUUUUUUCCUCUUGCUGUGAAGACCAUGGAUUGGAAUGUCCUCAUGAGGUGGGCCUAGGAAGUGAACAUCAAGCUUCAUGUCUUAGAACCCACCUACCAUCUGAACCCAAAGAUAAAUUCAAGCAGAACGCUUCCCGGUUAGACCUGUGCUUUUAGGAGCAUCCCACACCCCCACCCCCCAUUUUAACAAAUAAAAGUGAAAUCUAGAAAAAGUGGUUCAAUAUGAACUCUACCAUUGUUCCUAAAUGAUGCAGCAUUUAAGGAUAAUGAUAGCAUCUUACAGAAAAGCAUGCCAUUCUUUUCAUGGAUGGCUUUAUGGUUUUAUGUUAAAUCUUGUUAAAAUGUAGGGGGGGAAAUGUCCUUUUAACUUUUGUUUCCUAGGUCCUUGGACAAUGGUCACAUCUUUCAAUUAUGAUUCAAUAUAACAGCAUUUUAUCACAACAUAAGAAAAUAGAACUUUUCCUUGGAGUUUAAUGUGAUUGGGUUUAACAUCAGAAUCCUUCAUCUUUAAUGGUGAGGGGAAAGCACAGCAUGUCAGAGAUGGGAAGUAUGUCCAAGGUCAUAUAGUUUGAUGAUUUCCAAGCAGGAAUAAAUGUAACUCAAUUCAAUCUAUUUCAAUAAGCAUCUUAAGUAUCUCCUUUGUACAAAGAUGCUGGGAAAAAUAAAGUAUACUCACCAUCCCAACCCAAAAAAGGUAUAUUUCCUGCCUUCCAUACUCCAUCUUUUACUCUAUAUUUGAAGACUCCCUAUCUUGGCCAAGUUGUGUUAAAAGUAAUAUAAUUGACUAUAUGACUUCUGAGGGGUCUUCCCAGCUCUGUGAAUUAAGAAUCUAACGGCAGUUUGUAAGCAAAGUGUUAUUCCCCAAGACACAUUUACCAUGGCAAAGAAAACAAAGCUGAGAAUAGCUCCAAUGGUAUUCUUUUUCUAUUCUCUCUUCGUAAACAAUUCUAAUAGAAAAACAUGGAGAUUCAGUGGCAUUAACCAAGCUCUGCACUGAGAUUUCUCUGAGAGAAUCAAAAACAAAAAUUUUUACAAUUUGCCAUCCCUGUGUGGCCUUGCCUUUGGCCCUCCCAUGCAUUCAGGGACAGAACAGUAUGGAAGGAGAAUAGCUCCAGGUGACCAAAUUUCUGACCAAGAAAUUUUCCUUGCCCUUUCUAAAAAGUAAUCAAGCUCUUACUUCCUCUUGUCCAUAGUGCAUUUAAUUGUUUUUUGGGUUUCUAUUAAUUACCCCCUCAUGCACACAUACACAUACACACAUACACAUACACACACUGUCCAGUGUGUGUGAAAAGGCAGAGGGAAAAAAUAUCUUAUUCUCCUGACUCAAAUAUAAAUAUUGAAACCAAUUUUUUUUUUCAUUUUUCUCCAUUUCUGUAUUGAAGGGAUUUGAGAUGUUUUUUUUUUUUUUUUGUUUUGUUUUGUUUUGUUUUGUUUUGGUGGGGGGCAAUUGGUUUUUAUUUCCCCUUUGGUAAUGGUGUGGUAUAGGGUUGGUCUGCAGAAACUUUCUGAACAAAUGACUCAGAUCUCCCUCUCCCACCCUAUUACUUGUUUUAUUUAAAUGGAUUAAGAGCUAGAAGAAAACAGAAACGACAAAGAUCUGGUUGAACUCUUGGUUUGACAUGAAGCUGAAGGAGCAAGCAAGCCAGAGAAGAUAGCUUGAAUAAAGCACGGCCUUGGCUUCAUACCACACUUUCUGUGCCUUGUACUAUCAAUGUAAAUUCUGAAUGUUGUACAGUAAAUACUUGGAUGGACUCCUUAGAAAAGGCUGCACUGGCUUCUUUUUCAGCACAUGUACAUAUAUAUAAAUAUAUAUAUAUACAUAUAUAUAUAUUUGGUAAUGCCCAACAGCUGUGUUAUAUUGUAUUGAAAAAAUGGACAGUUUGGAUGUUUUAUGUAGAGUUUGCAGAAAUUGGAUGGCUACAGACUUUUGAAGAAAAAUGUACAGACAUAAAUUACUGCAUAUCGGUUAUUUAUGAAUAAAGAGUCUUUUAUUGACAUCUU